UCUCUUUAGUGUUUGCCAAUGUUGGAGGUGUAACUGGGGUCUGGCCCUGAAAAAAAAGGAAUACAGCAUGGCUCAAGUAAAAGUACAGACCUCAGCACCUCAGGCUGGUCCUGGCCUCUCCUCCGGAGGUCCUUUGGCAGCCAUGGCCAACCCAGGAUCCCUGGGUCUGCAGCCCUCUGUCAACGGCACAGGAUCGUCCCCCACACCUGCCUGCCCUGCUCCUGCAGCUGGACAUGGGGACGCUCUUGUGUCUGCCACACUGCCAGGUUCGCCGGAGGAGAACAUGGCAAACCCUAAAGAGAAAACUCCAAUGUGUUUGGUGAAUGAGUUAUCCCGUUUCAAUCGGAUCCAGCCACAGUACAAGCUCCUCAGUGAGAGAGGCCCUGCACACGCGAAGAUCUUCACAGUGCAGUUGAGUCUUGGGGAGCAGGUCUGGGAGGCGGAAGGCUCCAGCAUUAAAAAGGCCCAGCAUUCCACAGCCUCUAAAGCUCUGCAAGAGAGUGUCCUUCCCAGACCAAUGCCCCGGUCACCUAAAGUGGAAAUCAACAGCAAUCCAGGGAGUAUAACACCAACAGUGGAGCUCAAUGGUUUGGCUAUGAAGAGAGGUGAGCCGGCCAUCUACAGGCCUUUGGAUCCUAAACCCAUGCCCAACUACAGAGCUUGCUACAACUUCAGAGGGAUGUUUCAUCAAAGGUACCAUUAUCCUAUUCUCAAGAUCUUCUAUGUACAACUCUCUGUGGGGAGUCACGAGUUCAUUGGGGAGGGGCGUACUCGCCAAGCUGCCAGACACAACGCUGCCAUGAAAGCCCUGGAAGCUCUCCGCAAUGAACCCAUCCCAGAAAGACCACCACAGGACCCAGAAAAAAAGUUGGAGAAUGACGAAGGUGCUGAUCCCAGCAAAUCAGAGAUCAGCCUAGUAUAUGAAAUUGCCCUAAAGAGGAACUUGGCUGUCAACUUUGAGGUGUUUAAGGAGAGUGGACCCCCGCACAUGAAAAGCUUCCUGACCCGCGUCACCGUUGGGGAAUUCUCAGCUGAGGGCGAGGGCAACAGCAAAAAGCUGUCCAAGAAGCGCGCUGCUGUUUCCAUCCUGCAGGACCUGAAGAAGCUGCCCUUCAUCCCUGUUGUGGAGAAACCCAAAUCACACUACAAGAAACGCACUAAGACCAUUCUCAAGACGGGACCAGACUAUGGCCAGGGCAUGAACCCUAUCAGCCGCCUUGCUCAGAUCCAGCAGGCCAAGAAAGAAAAAGAGCCCGAGUAUUUGCUGCUCUCAGAGAGGGGGAUGCCCCGACGCAGGGAAUUUAUCAUGCAGGUGAAGGUGAAUACCGAGGUUGCCACAGGAACGGGGCCAAACAAAAAGGUGGCUAAACGGAAUGCUGCUGAGGCAAUGCUGCUGCAGCUGGGAUACAAAGCCUCCACAAUCACUCAAAAUCCAACAGAGAUGGACAACAAAGGCUGGAAUGGACAAAAGGCGUCUUUUACCGAAGCAACAAGUAACACCCAGAAAGGUUUACUCCACCUCAGCCCUGAUGUCUACCAAGAGAUGGAAGCCAGCAGGAAACAGGCAGGCAGUUCCCCAGGCUCCAACGCCACCAGUGGCACUGGCUCCAUCAACUACAUGGGUACCAAAGACAUGGGUCCCUGUGUCACACCACUACCCCCAGGACACACUCCAUACUUCAGCAGUCCAUCCUCUGCUCCCAGCCCGACAGCCACUAUGGCUAGGGAGCUGCUGCUAAACGGCCAGUCGCCCAUGGCUGAUGCUUCGCUGCCAGGAAAGGGGAAGAGUCCCCCCUUGGCUUGUGGUGUUUCUGUGCAACCCGCACAGCAGCUGGAGUACCUGGCUCGCAUCCAGGGCUUCCAGGUGCAGUACAGUGAUGCACAGAGCGGCAAGGACUUUGUGACCUAUCUGACCCUGUCUCCUGUGCAAAUGACUUUCCACGGCACCGGGAGCACUCUCCAAGCUAGCCAUGACCAGGCUGCUCUAAGUGCCUUGAAACAGCUGUCGGAGCAGGGCCUGGACCCCGUGGACGGCCCUGUCAAGAGCACCGAAGCUUGCGGAAGAGACGACGGACAUUAAACAGAUUAACUCAGGCACCACCACUCAGGUCUGGACGGAUUCAAAGGCUGUCGUCCCCGGAGCUGAUAUCCCCCCCCCCCCUUUCUCUCUUGGGCACACAGCCUCUCACCACCCCCUGCCUGAGCCCAAAAUGUAACAACACACCUCUCCUAGCCUCCCUUUUCCUUUACCAUGGGCACUGCAAAUGGUGCCCCACUUUCAUCUUGCAUAACCUGUCAACAUCCAAUCAGGUGGAUGCGCACCAAGAAGCGAGCGACUAAAAUCAUCAUUACCUGAGUCUAUGUGAAGACAACGCUAUCUCCACACAUUAGUGAUGAAUUGAGUCUUAGUUUCAAUUAAUAAAAAAAAAAGAGAGAGAGAGAGAAAAGUUAAAACAAUAACAAGCGAUAUGCAUGGUCUUGUGUAUAUUGAAGGGAAAUCCAACACUGAUAACUCCCAUAGCAUUUAUGUUUGUUGGUAUGGUCAAUAGAAAUAUGUACAUCAUGCCAUUGAAAUACAAAAGAAACAUUUUAGAAGAGCAAAACCAACUUGUAGCUUAUUUGUUUGGCGUGUUAUGUUUCCGUUUUUUAAUUCUGUUAUUUUCUUAAUCUAACAAUGCUUGAGUACUGUAUUUAAAAUUAACCAAUGCCAGUGCUGUGAAAGUUCUAGUCGUUGUCUUCAUAUAUAGUCACCUAGCUUACCUUGUAUGCAGACUUAAAAAAAAAAAAUUCGUCUAUCUAUACUGUAUGGACGUUAUAUGACUUGCAAGAGUAUCAUAUUCCAAAAUUUAACACGGUAAACGUUUUUAUCAUGUAAACAAAAGGACAAAAGUUGUGUUAGCAGUAAUAGGGAGACCACCGAGGCGGGAAUGUUGGACCGUCCGCCCGUCCCGUUUUAACUUGUCCCAGCUCUGGCACGGCAUCACGGCGGUGUCGCACGCCUGACAGUGGCAGACAGGCGAGUAAGUGUGCCAGUCGAAUGAUUAAAUGGGUAGAAGCACCUGCAGUGAUUCCGUGCCAGUGGGCCCUGCCCGCUAUAGUUUUGUCGAUCACAUCCACGGCCAUUGUGUGUGUCGUAUUGACCCGUCGCAACAUCAACUGGGUGCUUUUAUUGCCCGCGUCGCUCUGAGAUUGUUGACAACGGCGUGAGUGGAGAGUGUGCAAUGCUGGUUUGUUACUGUGUGUUGUGGAAAUGCAGUAAAAACACCUCAGUUC